GCGUUCCUGUGUCGUCAUCGGGCCGCGCCGCCACUGCCGGCUACCUCAGAUUCCUCGUGCGGUUCCUGGUCAUUUGAGCUAUUCGGGUUCCCGGAGGAGGGCUUUGCUCCUGCCGGGUCUGUCUUGUGGCGCGGUGGUCCGGUGCCGGCGCCCGUAGCGUUGGGGCGCCUCCAGAAUGGCGAUGCUGGCUGAACCCCGGCGGAAGCAGAAAUGGUCUCUAGAUCCAAGAAACACUGCAUGGAGUAAUGAUGAUUCCAAGUUUGGCCAAAAAAUGCUGGAGAAAAUGGGAUGGUCUAAGGGAAAGGGACUAGGGGCUCAGGAGCAAGGAGCCACAGAACAUAUUAAAGUUCAAGUUAAAAACAACCAGCUUGGCCUGGGAGCCUCAGCCAAUCAUGAGGACAACUGGCUGGCUCCCCAAGAGGAAUUUAAUCAACUUCUUGCUGAACUGAACAGUUGUCAUGGACAAGAAGGAAAAGAUUUUUCGGACAAGGGGAAAAAAUCAUUUAACCUUGAAGAGAAGUCCAAAUCCUCAAAAAGAAGAGUUCACUAUACAAAAUUUACAAAGGGAAAGGAUCUUUCUUCUCGGAGUAAAACAGAUCUGGAUUGCAUUUUUGGGAAAAGGAAAAAGAAUGAUGUUUCUAAGGAAAGUCAUAGUUCAAGUACUACCGAUAAGGAAAAAGCUACUCCCACUGUGACCAGUAACCUCACUGUACAGGAAUAUUUUGCCAAACGAAUGUCAGAGAUAAAGAACAAAUCAGUAGCCAUACAGACAGCUUCUGCUGAAACCCAGUCUUUUGAAGAGAAAAGAACUAAACAGAAAAAAGAAAAAAAGAAAAGGAAAGAAGCUGAGGACUGUAACAAACUGAAGGCCAAGCAUCCCAAAAAGGAGAAUCUGGAGGAAGAGGAGGGAUGGCAUGCUUACCAUAGGUCAAAGAAAAAGACCCUUGCUGAGAACCAGGUUGGAGAUCCUGUUUACGAUCAGAGUCUCGAUGCUUCCCCUAAGGAGAGACCACUUUGUGAUGAGCAAGGACCCACUAUAGGAACUAUUGCCACAGAACAAAAAAAGAAAAAAAAGAAAAAGCAAGAGGAAAUGGUCAUGGGAUCUGCCCAAGAGCAAACAUCAGAAAAGACAGGGGGGAGCAAGAAGAAGAAGAAAAAAAAGAAAGGCCUUGAAUAAAGAAGUUUUCUUUACUUGCAUUUUCAUGUCAUUUGAAUGUCAUAAUACUUUUGGUGCAGCCUUAUGAAAAAGAAGAGAAAAGAAAGAAGCUUUGGCCUGAAGUCAGUGAAGAGUUUACCCAAGAUGAUUUGUUCACAUCUUUUAACAUGCCCAUGAUUGCUGGGUCUCGCCCUCUCAUCAUAUUUUUCCCAACUUAAAAAAAAAAAUUCCCAGAAGAACUUGAAAAACAAUCCAGAUCAUGUCUGUGAAGCAAGAUUAUUUUUAAGACCCUGGAUCCUACAUUGUUUAUAUAUCUGGGAGGGGGGGAGGAGAGUGGAGGAGAAAGAAACAUAUGUGAGGUAUAAUAUACCUUUGCAUAUACACACACACAGAUAUUUGAAUUUUCCACUAUUUCCUUUGGCAAUAAUAAAUUAUGCUUCCUUUUGAAAGAUUUGCCCUAAUUAAAGGAUUAUGAGUUGAUGCUGAAGAGUAUAACCAAAUAGUUCCUAUUGUUCUCUAGCCAACCAAUUUAUUUGUGCCAACUAGGAAUUAUGUGAUUUUUUUUUUAAUUUGUUUUUGCCUCAGAUUAGCAUUCUCUAUGGGUAUUUCUGUUGCUUCUCUUCCACUGAGCAGUGGCUGAGAAGCAUUCCAAAGAUUCUAGAUGACUUCAAAUUAUUAAUAUUGGACUAGAUUCUCAGUGUAGUUUUGUUCUGAUAAGUGUUAUGUUUGUGUCUACAUUGAAUUUUGUCUUUUCUGAGCUAUUUUGCAUAUUUGAUUGUACCUGAUGCCAAAUAAGCCAUAACUUUGGUUAUAUGGAUCAGAUUUGCAAAAUCUACCAAAAUAAAAUAAAAACUGAAAACUAAA